AAAGAUGCUCUCCAUCCUUAUCCAUCAGCUAAAAGUAGCGAUGCCACUAUUAGUAGAGUAGAUGGCCACAGGCAAAUUGGUUAUCUUGUGGCCAGCCAUCACAACUCUAUAUAAAUGUCUUGCACUUGGAGCAAUAAAGCCGACGAAUAUUAGCUUGCUCGAAAGAUUCUUGCCAGGGCUGGCAUUCCUUGGUGGUAUGUUAUUCAUUCACGCCGACAAUAAUGUACCUAAGGGAUCUAGCCUGGAAGGGAUGUGAAAGUGUGAAUAUUAGCCGGUAGCA